AUGGCAGAAUCAGAAUCACCACUUUACGCCUACGGCGCCGCCGCCGUCCUGGGCGUGGUCUCGCACAUCGGCUACUUCAACCGGUCCGAGCACCACCUCCACGGCACCCGCUACCUCCAGCUCUUCCUCCUCACCUACGCCACCGCCGUCUUCGUCCUCUCCCGGACGGCUUCUCCCACCUCUUUUGAUUUCCACACCCUCGCCCUGGCGGCCCGCUCCGCCGCCGCCCUCGCCGCCAGCUUCCUCGCCGGCCUCUACACCUCGCUGCUGACCUACCGCCUCACCCCGCUGCACCCUCUGCACCGCUUCCCCGGGCCCGUCCUCGCGCGGGCCACCUCGCUGUGGCUGCCCUUCAACGUGUGGCACAAGUUCACACCCACCUCUUCUGCGACGUCGCACACCAUCCCGCAAGCCUUCAAAACCCUCACCGCCCUCCACGCCACCCACGGGCCCUACGUCCGCGUCGGCACCGCCGAGCUCUCCAUCGCCGACCCGGCCGCCGUCCCGCUCAUCUACGGCGGCACCAGCACCUGCAGCAAGGCGGCGUGGUACGACAACGACGCGCCGCUGACGAGCAUGCAGACGAGUCGCGAUAGGGGUUACCACGAUGCGCGGCGCAGGGUGUGGGCGAAGGCGUUUGCGGAGAGGGCGGUGAGGGGGUUUGAGGGGAGGGUGCAGAGGUUUGUGGGGGAGUUGGUUGAGAGGAUUGGAGAGAUGGGGGAGGGGGGCAAGAAGGAGGUUGAUGCAAGGAAGUGGUUUGGGUGGUUCGCGUACGAUGUUAUGGGCGAACUGGCGUUUGGGAGGGAGUUUGGGAUGGUGAGGGGGGGAAAGGAGCAUUGGGCGAUUGGGUUGUUGAAUGAGGGGAUGAUGCCGUUGGGGUUGUUGUUGCCGCCGUGGGCGUUCCGCAUCUUGGCUGCCAUCCCUGGCGCCGCCGCCGACUACUGGAAGUUCAUCACGUACUGCGCGGGCCAGCUGGACCAGCGUAUGAGGACAGCACCCGAGGAUCCUGACAUCUUGUCGUCGCUCAUCGAGCCCGUCAAGGACAGGGAGCUUACGCCGGGCGAGCUCACGAUGCUACAGGCCGACUCGAGGCUGAUCAUCGUUGCCGGAAGCGACACCACCUCCAGCACCCUCACCCACAUCUUCUACCACCUCGCCGCCACCCCCCACCACCAAACCACGCUCCUCGCUGAACUCCGCCCGCACAUCCAACCCGACGGCACCAUCCCCCACCGCGCCAUCCAAGACCUGCCGCACCUCAACGGCACCAUCAACGAAGCCCUCCGCCUGCACCCGCCCGUCCCGUCCGCCAUCCAGCGCCUCACGCCCCCCUCCGGCCUCACGCUGCCCAACGGCACGCACAUCCCGGGCAACACGGUCGUCUGGUGCCCGUCGUACGUCGUCGGCCGCAGCGCCGACGCGUACGUCGAGCCGGAGACAUUCUGCCCGGAACGGUGGUACGCGGAGAGCAAGAAGGGGUGGGUGCGGAACGAGAAGGCGUUUGCGCCGUUCAGCCUCGGGCCGUACGGGUGUAUUGGGAGGCCGUUGGCGUUGAUGGAGUUGCGGUUGGUGAUCGCGCGGGUGUUGGCGGUGUUUGAGGUGGGGUUGGCGGAGGGGGAGGAUGGGCGGGCGUUGUUGGAGGGGAGUAGGGAUCAUUUUACGCUCGAGUGUGGGGCGUUGAGGUUGUGUUUUAGGGAGAGGGUGUGA